CCGGGUCCUGCUCCCCGCGGAGCCGCGGCCGGACUCGGAGCCCGGAGACCCGAGCGGGCAGAGCGGAGCAGACGCCGGCGCGUGUCGGACCGGCGCUCACAUCGCCACGAUGCAUUUCAUCUUCUCAGAUAAGGUGGUGCUUCUCUUUGAUUUCUGGAGUGUCCACAGUCCCACAGGCAUGGCCCUUUCCGUGGUGGUGGUCCUGCUCCUGGCUGUGCUGUACGAAGGCAUCAAAGUGGGCAAGGCCAUGCUCCUGCAGCGGGCGCUGUCCAGCAUGUCCGCCUCCAGCAGCCAGCAGCUCAUCGAGGAGUCCGACCAGAACCUGGCCGCUUCCAACUUGCCCCUGGGCGGCCAGGCGCGCCUCAGGUGGUUUCUGUGUCACUCUGGCCAGUCUCUAAUCCACGUUGCUCAGGUAGUCAUCAGCUACUUCAUGAUGCUGGCUGUGAUGACCUACAACACCUGGAUUUUUUUGGGCGUGGUCCUGGGCUCGGCCGUGGGCUACUACCUCGCCUACCCACUCCUCAGCCUGGGUUAGCCGGCGAGAGCCGUGCAGGCGGCGAGGGCUGGCGGGGCCUAGACCUCUCGCAGAAGCUGUGCUCCCAGCCCCACAUCGCCUUUGUCUUCCAAGAGCCUCGUUCCUCGCCUUGGCUCCGGCCCCUGGAAACUCGCCCCCGAGGCAGCAGCACUUGCUCCCUGGGGUGCGAGACC